AUGAAUAUUUUAAAUAAAUUAUCACCACAGUUUAAGGAAUUUCUUUAAGAAGAAGGAAUCGAUGAGGAAAUCUUUUUAUUUGAAUAAACACUACGGUAUGUUCGAAUAAAGCCAGAUUAUUAGAUUACUUUUGAAUAACUUUAACAACAAGUAUCAUUCUCAAUGCAACCUAUUCAUGAAAUUCCAAAAUUAUAUUCUCUUCCAGCAAAUCAAAAAAUCAAUAAUCUCUAAUUGUAUAAAAAUGGUCAUUUAUAUGGGAUUGAUAAAUCAAGUGCCGCAGUAGUUUAUUCAUUAGACAUCAAUAAAGAUGAUAUUAAUGUAUUGGAAAUCUGCUGUGCCCCAGGAGCUAAAUUAACUUUUAUAGCUGAUUUAUUAAGAGUAGAAACUGAAAAAGAUGGAAUUUAAAGAAAAGUUUUUGGUGUUGACAUUUCAUAAAACAGAUUAAAUAUUACUCAAUCAAUAGUUAAUAAAUAUAAGUUGGAAAAAUAUGUUGAAUUGAUAUUAUAGGAUGGAACAAAAUAUAAAAAUUAAAUAUAGUUUGAUAAAGUCUUAAUUGACGCCGAAUGCACACAUGAGGGUAGUAUUAAACAUCUAAAAAAAUACAUAUAAAAACCUAUGCACGAAUAAAAUUCUAAAAAACAAUAGAAAAAUAAUAAAGCUUCUAAAAAAUAAUUGUAAAAAAAUUACACAAACACCUAUACAACUGAAUAGACCAAAGCAAAUGAAUGGACAGAAGAGGAUUUUAACAGCAGAUUUUUAGAUUAAAAGAAAUUAUAACAAAUAUAUGAUUUAUAAUUUUCUUUAUUAGAAAAUGGAUACAAACUUCUAAAAUAAAAUGGAAUUUUAAUUUAUAGCACUUGCUCCUUUUCAUAAAAGCAGAAUGAAGAUCAAAUUAUUAAAUUCUUAGAGUAAAAUAAUGAUGCCAUUUUAGUACAUCCAUUUUAUGGCAUGCAAGAAUAAUAAUGUAAAUCCGGCUAAAUAUUUAAUACAGUUAGAUUUGAUCCAAAAGUAUCAAAUACUGGUGGUAUGUUCAUUGCAAAAAUUAAAAAAUUAUGA